GAGCCACUGCGCCCGGCCCAAACUUGUCUAUCUUUAUCUCUACUUAUAGUGAGUGUCAGAUCACCCUCUUGGAAACCGGUGAUCAGAGGCCAAUGACCUCUCACAGCUGCUGGCCCUGGGGACCUAGGAGAUCCCUUUGGGAAUCCCAGGUCAACCGGGUGCCAGCUCCAUUGCUCUGGCUGUGUGGGUGGUUGUGGGUGGUGAGGCACAUAGAAAGUCACCAACGCCAGGGAAGACCAGCUCAGAAAUCCCGGUCAUGCCAAGUGCCACUCAGGGCUAUUCUCAGUCUAGUAAGUGCCCAUUGGUUUUUCCCGAAGUCCAGAGAGAAGGACACCAUCGGGGGCGCUGUAUCCCACCCGGCGCCAUCAGCCCCUGCCACCCACCACCCAGCAGCUGGAUUCCAACGGGAGUUGCGGGUGGGGGCGGAACCGGCUGCGGUCUGGGGGCGGGGCGUCCGGGCGCGGGGCGGGGCUGGCGGGAACGUGUGCACCCCCGCGCGUGGCCCCGCCCGAGCAUCCCGCGCCGACGGGGCUGUGCCGGAGCUGCUGUUCAGUGCUGCAGGCGCGCGUCAUGGCUGCUUUGAGACAGCCCCAGGUCGCGGAGCUGCUGGCCGAGGCCCGGCGAGCCUUCCGGGAGGAGUUCGGGGCCGAGCCUGAGCUGGCAGUGUCCGCGCCCGGCCGCGUCAACCUCAUCGGGGAACACACGGACUACAACCAGGGCCUGGUGCUGCCUAUGGCCCUGGAGCUCGUGACGGUGGUGGUGGGCAGCCCCCGCAAGGACGGGCUGGUGUCUCUCCUCACCACCUCUGAGGGUGCUGAUGAGCCCCAGCGGCUGCAGUUUCCACUGCCCACAGCCCAGCGCUCGCUGGAGCCUGGGACCCCUCGGUGGGCCAACUAUGUGAAGGGAGUGAUUCAGUACUACCCAGCUGCCCCCCUCCCUGGCUUCAGUGCAGUGGUGGUCAGCUCAGUGCCCCUGGGGGGUGGCCUGUCCAGCUCAGCAUCCUUGGAAGUGGCCAUGUACACGUUCCUCCAGCAGCUCUGUCCAGACUCGGGCACAAUAGCUGCCCGCGCCCAGGUGUGUCAGCAGGCUGAGCACAGCUUCGCAGGGAUGCCCUGUGGCAUCAUGGACCAGUUCAUCUCACUCAUGGGACAGAAGGGCCACGCGCUGCUCAUUGACUGCAGGUCCUUGGAGACCAGCCUGGUGCCACUCUCAGACCCCAAGCUGGCCGUGCUCAUCACCAACUCUAAUGUCCGCCACUCCCUGGGCUCCAGCGAGUACCCUGUGCGGCGGCGCCAGUGUGAAGAAGUGGCCCAGGCGCUGGGCAAGGAAAGCCUCCGGGAGGUGCAGCUGGAAGAGCUAGAGGCUGCCCGGGAACUGGUGAGCAAAGAGGGCUUCCGGCGGGCCCGGCAUGUGGUGGGGGAGAUUCAGCGCACGGCCCAGGCAGCGGCCGCCCUGAGACGUGGUGACUACAGAGCCUUUGGCCGCCUCAUGGUGGAGAGCCACCGCUCACUCAGAGACGACUAUGAGGUGAGCUGCCUGGAGCUGGACCAGCUGGUGGAGGCUGCACUUGCUGUGCCUGGGGUUUAUGGCAGCCGCAUGACGGGCGGUGGCUUCGGUGGCUGCACAGUGACACUGCUGGAGGCCUCUGCCGCUCCCCACGCCAUGCAGCACAUCCAGGAGCACUAUGGCGGGACUGCCACCUUCUACCUCUCUCAAGCGGCCGAUGGAGCCAAGGUGUUGCACUUGUGAGGAGGCCCCAGGACAGCACACGGCGAGGGUGCAGGGCCUGCAGGCCAGUCCCAUGGCUCUGUGCCUGGUGCCACCUUCCGUAUCUGGGUGCUCAAUAAACUUGUGCCUCCAACGUGG